AUGCUGAGUGUAGCAGAAGGAGUCUUCCUUUUUGUUGCCACUAGUGAGGCAGUGCUGGGAGUUUUGGGGAAUACAUUCAUUGCACUUGUGAACUGCAUGGACUGUGCCAGGAACAAGAAGCUCUCUAAAAUUGGCUUCAUUCUCACUGGCUUGGCGAUUUCCAGAAUUGGUGUCAUAUGGAUAAUAAUUUUACAGGGGUAUGUACAAUUAUUUGUUCCACACAUGGUUACUUCGGGCAAUCUAACUGAAAUUAUUACUUUUCUCUGGGUCAUUAUCAACCACUUAAGUGUCUGGUUUGCCACCAACCUCAACAUCCUCUACUUUCUAAAGAUAGCAAAUUUUUCCCACUCUCUAUUCCUCUGGCUGAAAAGGAGAAUCAGUUCAGUUUUUAUCUUUCUGUUGGGAUGCUUGCUCAUCUCAUGGCUACUGUCUUUUUCACAAAUGAUGAAGAUAAUUAAGGAUAGUAAAAUGCAUCAGGAAAACACAUCUUGGAUCCACCGAAGAAAAAAUUACUUCCUUAUUAACCAAAGUUUAAGCAAUCUGGGAAUCCUUUUCUUCUCUAUGGUAGCCCUGAUUACCUGUUUAUUAAUCAUUUUUCUCUGGAGACACAACAGGCGGAUGCAAUCACAUGUCUCAGGAUUCAGAGACCUCAACACAGAAGUUCACGUGAAAGUCAUGAAAGUUCUAAUAUCUUUUAUGAUCCUCUUUAUCAUACAUGCUGUAGGCAUUGCCAUAGAAGUAGUGUGCUUUACUCUGCCACGAAACCAACUGCUCUUUAUAACUGGUUUGACUGCUACAUGCCUCUAUCCCUGCUGCCACUCAAUCAUCCUAAUUCUAGGAAACAACCAGCUGAAGCAAGCCUCUUUGAAGGUCCUGCAGCACCUAAAAUGCUGUGAGACAGAAAGAAAUCUCAGAGACACAUAA